AUGUUUUCCGGCGGAAGCGGCGGCGGCAGGCCCAUCCGGGUUCUGAACGUCGCGGAGAAGCCCUCGGUGGCCAAGUCGGUGGCGGAGAUACUGUCUCGGCGCGGCGGAGGAUUCAGGUCUCGGGAGGGGCGGUCCCGCUACAACAGAGUGUUCGAGUUUGAUUAUACUAUCCGCGGGCAGGCCUGCCACAUGCUGAUGACAUCUGUCACUGGCCAUCUUAUGGAACUUGACUUCGACGAACGAUACCGCCGGUGGCACUCCUGUGACCCGGCCGACCUCUACAACGCCCCCGUCCGCAAGUAUGUUCCGCAGGUUAGCUUCCCUACUAUUUUCUUCUGUGUUUUGUCACUCCAAUUCGGCUGUUUGUUUUUGAUUCUUUGUUCUCUUCUUUACGCCCGCAAUUGGUGAUUCUCGAGUAUAAGAAGUCAUUUGACUUAAGAUCUUCAUCACAAGAAAGGGACUUGAUAAGAGGAAUCCUGAUUGUUUCAUUUCCUCUUUUGGUUGCUUUGCCUUUUUAUGUGAGCAGUGGUUCAAUUAGAAUCAGUUAACAUAUGUGAGGAAUUCGAAGAAAAGUCAUUCAAGAGUGGGCUGACACAAUCUUGUGCAUGAAUAUGAUAUGCCAUUAGACAGUUUCGGAAUGUGAAAUCUGUCUUAUCAAAGGUUUCCAUUAACUCCUACUAAUAAGGGAAAAACUCUGAGCACGAUCUCAUUUUUUUAUUUUGUGUUCAAGCAUGUUAUAUUCAUGGUCGUUUUAAGAUGAAUUUUGCAAAAAUUCUUUUGGAUUGUUAGUGUGGAAGUUUUACGUUUUGCAUGACAAUCUUUACUUGUGGAAAAUGUAGGACAAAUUGGAUAUCAAAAGAACAUUGGAAGAGGAAUCCAGGAGUUGUCACUGGCUUAUAUUGUGGUUAGAUUGUGACACAGAAGGCGAGAACAUUGCAUUUGAAGUGCUAGAUGUUUGCGCAGCAGUUAACAACCAUCUAGACGUGUGGAGAGCUCGUUUCUCUGCACUUAUUGAUAGGUAGUAAAGUUGUGCAGUUUUUCAAUCUCAUUUUAUGAUGCUUAUUUUUUUCUAAUUCAGUGCCUUUGAUUUGGAUGGCAGGGAGAUACACCAAUCGGUGCAGAAUCUUGUUCGGCCUAAUAAACUACUGGCGGAUGCUGUAGACGCUAGGCAGGUAAUUUGGACUCAGACGUUUCAUUAUUUUCCAGAACUUUUGUGCCUGUUUCAUUAUGAUGCCUCACUUCCAUCAAAUUACUAAUGGCCGAAAAGGUUCCUCCUAUUUAGUUUUACGUUUUAACCAAGUGAUAGCUUGACGAUUUGUGAAAUUUUCUGCAGGAAAUUGACCUCAGAAUUGGUGCCUCCUUUACCAGAUUCCAAACCAUGUUGCUGAAAGAUGCAUUUGUUUUAGAUUUUCUAGACGAGGACAGGAAUUUGGUUUUGAGUUAUGGUCCUUGUCAGGUUCUAACUUUUGUCAGGAUUUCCCAAGUGGUUCUUUCUCUUUGAUUUUUUAUUAUCUUUGAUAUUAGCUACUCAUACGAGAGUUUCUUUUUUGCCUUUUGCAGUUUCCAACUCUUGGGUUUAUUGUUGAGCGUUAUUGGGAAAUACAGUCACACGAGCCUGAAGAAUUUUGGACAAUUAACUGUUCUCAUAUGUCUGACAAUGGGACAGCUGCUUUCAAUUGGAUGUAUGAUUUUUAAUCCGUUCGUAGAUUUAUUCUAUUUUCACCAUCUGUGGUCUGUCCUUAUGGAGAUAAUCUUUAUUUAGGCGAGGCCGUUUGUUUGAUUACACUUGCUCAGUUAUCAUUUAUGAGAUGUGUGUUGAACAACCGAUUGCAACAGUAAGUCUUCUCUUUACCCUUAUUUUUUUUGUUGCUGGCUUUGGUUAUAGGUUCUUCGAUUGUUUGAAACCUUUAAAUUUUAGGUCAAGAAUGUUAAACAGCAGCAGAAGUUGAAGUAUCCUCCCUUUCCACUAAGUACAGUUGAACUUCAAAAACGGGCAUCUCGAUAUUUUAGAAUAAGCUCUGAACGUACUAUGAAGGUGAUAAACUUCCAGCUCUUUUGUGUGAUCUCACAUUUUACAUGCUCUCAUUCAUUGAACUGAAGUACAGCGCUCAUACAUUAAAUCUUCUGAGUUAAUCUCAUACAUUUAAGGGUCUCCUGAUUGCUUGAAACCUUUAUAAAACUUAAUUAAUUUUAGUCACAUUGAAAGGUUUUCUGACUUAAUUAAUUGUAAUCACAUUUGGUGUUCCUGAUUUUUCUCUUUAUCCAUUUGUUAGAUUCAUGCCAUCACCACAGCAACCAUUAGAUAAUUACUACAGCACUGACUCGUAAACACUAGCAUCGAGUUGGAUCAAAGUGUGUGAGUUGAACUGGUGACCUGCAUGUGUCAGGUCUAGGAUCAAAAAAUUUAACAGUUUUAGACGUAUAUAUCCUUUUUUAACGUUAGAUCAUUACAUUUACACUCAUAUUUUCUUGCCUUUUAGUUUCUUAUGGCUAUCAUAAUUGUUUUUUCACUCUUCAAAUAUAAAUUCUUUUAUUUUGACUAGGUAUAUUUUUGUGCGUACACUUGUAAAUUAUACUAUACAUUGUAUUCGGAUUAGCAAAAAUGUCAAUUUGAAUGUUUUUUUUUACUUUUUAUUAUGAAAUCACCCUUUUAUAUUGUCAGCCUACCUUAUGGCAUGCUUGUAAAACAUGCAAACAUAUACACUGAGGAUACCCUCCAUGAGAUGCAAUACCUCUGAUCUAGAAACAAGAAUAAAUGAAACAUUGUAUCCACUCAACCCACACCAUCCUAUCCUCCAUGUCUUCUUAAUCUUGAGCCUUCCUCAUCACCCCUAGCAAUGGUUGGGAGAGCCCUCUUCUUUUUAAGCCAACUUUUUCCCAUGCCAUGAUGUUAAUUUUCAUUAUGAAGAAAAUUCUUCAUGGUAUUUGGCGAUUUCCUGAGCAGCAAUAUGUGACCGAGAUGAAGAUUGGCAAAUUUAGAUGGUCUUAGAUGAACUUUGCAGAGAGAGUUGAGUAUUGAGUUGAGUUAUCUUUUCCAUGAGAUUUUAUUUUGAAAAUUUUCUUGGUUGUCUUCUUAAUUAAGAAAAAUACCAGAGAAGGUUGAAUGUUUCAUAAAGUUUGUGUCACUAUAAAAGAGUGAGGAUGCUGAGUUUAAACACUGAAUCCUUAAAUCAUUUUGAUGAGCCAUAAAUGUUUAGAAAAUAUAUCAUGUUAAAACUAAGAAAUUUUGAGUGAUAGUAACUAAAAGUUGACACUUGAAAUUAAACAGAAAAUAGACAAGGAUCGACGGCAACUAAGAUUUGGCACUAGACAGGGUUGUCUUAGGUGCCAGUUCUUGUAACUUAGGAGUUGAUAGUAAUGAAUAAUGAAUUUGAGGAUGAAGAUAUAACUAAUUUUUUGGUCGACCCUCGAAGCACCUAUUAUAGAAACAUCAACACAGCAUAAAAUGUCAAUACUUAACACAAAAGGAUGGAGAUUUGUUAGAAAUACUUUUUCCAUUUAUUGUUUUAGACCUUUAUUUUCCUGUCCAUCGUACCUUGUAAUAAAACAAUAGACUGAACCGGUUCAAAUUGAAUUGGACCAGCUUACCUUCUCUCAUUUCAUAACAGCUGGUCGGUGUAAAAUACCAACCAGCAUGUAAGCAUUAGUGUGUGAUGAAAUUUAGGGCUUUAGCCUUCUUCUUUUUCGUGUCUCUCUCUCGUGUUCACUACUGGCACAAAAAGAUAGGAAGGGAAGCAUUUAGAGAUGAUCAAUGCCCAACACGAUUUCUAACAUGGUAUCAGAGCACAAGUGUGAACAGUUUAAGUCUCCUCUGAUCUUUUGAGUUCUUCUUGAACAACAGUUUCUUAUUUUCAUGAGAAAACAUAUUUUUUCAUAACUUGUUAGAACAAGUCCCUAGUUCGCUGAUUCUUCACUAUCUAGGUGAGAAUCUAGUGCUAUUGACCUACAAAAUACGAACUGUGGAUUCAUGUCUGAUUUGUAGAUUGACUCCUUUCUAAAACAAACAUACCUAAUUCUUGAGUUCUAAAGAAUGUGUGGAGUGACUUCUAUGGCAGAACAAGAACAAUCCCAAUUUGUGAGGGUGGAACCUAGUCAGAUCUAUGGAGAUUUGCCAAUUAUAUCAUAAACAGAUCAUCUAGAUGAUAGGGAUUACUUUGGAUGGUCUCAGCAAAUUCGAGUUGUUCUUAAAGAAUGCGGAAUGGCUAAUCAUUUAGCUCAUCCAAGCAUGAAGGUUGGAGAUCCGGGAUUUGAAGCAUGGGAUCAAAAAGACUUAAAAAUUGUGGGUUGGAUGUGGACAAUCAUGGUUCCUGAGAUCUGUAGAACAUGUUUGUAUCUUCUUACAGCUAUAGCAAUUUUGAAAAAUUUAUAUCAGACAUUCAAGAGCAAGAGAUGCUGCACAUCUUUAUGAAUUAAAGUUAAAGAUGAUGACCAUGAGGCAAGGGGAAAAAUCAGUGACAUAAUACACUCAUGAAGUAAGAAUAUUAUGGCAAGAAUUUGAUCAAUAUAAAAUUGUUGAUAUGAGAGAUUCAUUUGAUGCAGCUUUGUAUAGAGAGGAAACAGAAAGGGAUAGAAUGUAUAACUAUCUUGUGGGACUGAACUCUAAAUAUGAUCUAAUCAGAAUUCAGAUCUUAGGAAGAGAGAAAUUACCUCCUCUCAAUGAAGUAAUCUUCCUGGUGAGAGGAGAAGAAAGUUGUCGGAACCUAAUGCUUGGUUCCUAGAAUGCGGAAAAUUCAGCAUAUAUGGCUAGAAAUGAAAAACAUUAUGGCAAUAAGAGUACCAAAACAAGGGGUGAACCUUUAAGACAAGAGAAGACUUCUAACAAUGAUUUUAGAGACGAGUUAUGGUGUACAUAUUGCAAGAAGUCAAGGCACAUGAUUGACAUGUGUUAUAAAUUACAUAGGAGGCCUCGAAAUUAUGAAUGGGCACAAAACAAGAGACAACAAAAGAAUGAAAGUCAACCACAUAUAUUUGUUGCCCAACAAAAGGAAGUAAAUUCUUCAAAUCAUAGACAAGCUGCAAAGAAGUUUCACAAGCCUAAGUAAUACAAGCUCCGUGUUCACUUAUUUAUUCAAGUAAGUCUCUAACUUUUAUUUAGUUGAAUGCCUCAAUAAAUAGUAAAUCUUCACCUUAGAUUGUCGAUUCAGGGGCCACAUAACAUAUGACCUAUGCUCCUUGUCCAAGUAAUAGAAAAAUUACCACAGAUGUUGGCUCCUCAGUCACUAUUGCUAGGAUAGGAAACAUUUGCCUAUCACCUUAUAUUACCUUGAAAAAUAUACUUCAUGUUCCUAUGUUGACCACCAACCUCAUUUUUGUUAGCAAACUUACAUGAGAGCUAGGAAAUGUUGUGUUUGAUCCUAAUAUUUAUCUAUUUUUUGACAAGAUGUAUGGGAGGACGAUUGAAUGUGCUAGAGAAUGGAGUUGACUCUAUUAUUUGGAGCUUCCAAGCCAAUCAAACAUUGCAGUAGAUCAAAACAACAUUCUCAAGAACCCUAACCUGUCAAAUAGUGAAAAAAAUUAGCUUCAACAUCAAAGAUUGAGACAUCCCUCAUUUUCGAUUCUGAAAAAUUGAUUUCUUUCUUUGUUUCACAACUUGAAUAUCUCUGAAUUUAAGUGUGAAGUAUGUGAAUUUGCCAAAUAUUGAAAAAUACCUUUCCCUAAAAAUAAUAUGAAACGUUCAAUAUCUUUUUUCCAUGUUUAUAGCGAUGUAUGGGAGCCUACACCAACACCUAGCACAAGUGGAGUUAGGUGGUUUAUCACCUUUAUUGAUGAUUGUACAAGAAUGAUUUGGAUUUAUUUGCUUAAAAAUAAAUCUAACAUAAGUAUGGCACUCGUACAAUUCUGUUCUUUGAUUAAAACAUGGUUUGAGACAACAAUUUAGAUGUUUAGAUCUGAUAACACUAAAUAUUACAUCAAUCAUACCUUAAUCUCUUAUUUCCAAAAAUAAGGUAUAGUACAUGAAUCGUCAUGUGUCUAUACACCCCAACAAAAUGGGGUGGCUAAACAGAAAAUGAUCAUCUGUUAGAGAUGACCAGAGUUCUCAUUAUUCAAAACAAUGUAUCAAAAUAUUUUUGGGGUGAGGGAGUUUUUAUGGUUGCCCACCUUAUAAAUCGUCUACCAAUUAAAUCUUUGAAUUCUAAAAGUUCAAUUGACAUGUUAUCUUUCUUUUAUCCUCAUAUUCUAUUAAAAACGAAUCUCAUACCUAAAAUAUUUGGGUGUACAACAUUUGUUCCUAUUCAUGAACAACAUAGAGAUAAAUUAGAUCCUAGAGCUCUAAAAUGUAUUUUUGUAGGAUAUUUCCAAACAUAGAAAUGAUAUUUUUGUUAUUAUCCUCCAACAAUUUUUUUUUCAUCUCAAGGGAUAUUACCUUCAAUGAGAAGGAAGCAUACUAGAACACAUCAAAUCAUCAUGAUAAGAUUCAAAUAUUAGAGGAUCCAGAAUUAAGUUUUUUACUUCCUACUACUGAUUCAUUACUAGACCUCCCUAUGGCUCCCAUUGAACCACCUAUUAUUGAAUCUACUCCUAACAUAAACCUCGAAAGAGGAAGAUUUGGUCUAAGUAUAUUUCAAAGAAAAAAAGAAAUACUCCAGAAUCUGUGCAUGUUCAAGAAUCCUCCCAAGAUGAGUCAAAUGAUACAUCCCAGAUCAGGACCUUACUUAUUGAUGAAGACCUACCUAUUGCCCUUCGAAAGGGGCUAAGAGAAUGUACUCAAAACCAUUAUAUUUUAUGGCAAUUGUUUUGUCAUAUAAUAGAUUAUCACCUUCACACAAAGCCCGUGUAUCUAACUUAAGUUCUACCUCAAUCUCAAAUACUGUUUUUGAGGCUUUAACUCAUGAGAAACUAUGAAUGAGGAGAUGGAAGCUUUGAAAAAAAAUGACACUUGGGAACUUGUAUGUCUGCCAAUGGGGAAGAAAGUUGUUGGGGGCAAAUGAGUGUAUACAAUUAAAUAUCAUUUAGAUGGAUCCAUAGAAAGACACAAAGCUAGGCUGGUUGCAAAAGAUAUACACAAACUUAUAUAAUUGAUUAUCUUGAAACAUUUGAACUAGUAGAAAAAGUGAAUACAACCAGUAUACUUGUCAUUGACAAUUAAGUCUAAUUGGGAUCGUCAGCAAUUUGAUGUUAAGAAUGUAUUUUUACAUGGUGAAUUAAAAGAGAAAAUAUAUAUGUAGGUACCACAUGGAUAUGAGGAAUUUAGAUGCUAAUAUUGUGUGCAAGCUGAAGAAAGCAUUGUAUGGACUGAAACAAUCUCCUUGGGCUUGGUUUGGUAAAUUCAUAAAAGUUAUGCUCAAGAUGGGAUACAAACAAAGUCAAGCUGAUCACAAUUUAUUUGUCAAACAUUCUUCUUCAGGGGAUAUAUGUGGACGAUAUUAUUGUGACUAGAAAUGAUGAUGUAGAAAAAAGAUUUCUAAGUCACUAUUUAUCUCAAGAAUUCGAGAUGAAAAUUCUAGAAAGAUUAAAAUACUUCCUAAGUAUUGAAGUUGCUUAUCAUAAGAAUUCUAUUUUUCUAUCUCAACAAAAAUAUGUGGUAGAUUUUUUACAAGAAACUAGAAAAAUAGCCUACAAACCAAUUAAUUCUCCAAUUGAUCCUAAUCUCAAGUUAGUGGAGGAAGACAUUGCUGUGGAUAAAAGGAUGUAUCAAUGACUAGUAGGUAAAUUGAUUUAUCUAUCAUAUACAUGGUCAGACAUAGCAUAUGUAAUCAGUGUCAUUAGUUAAUUCAUGCACAAUCUGAAAUAAGUAUAUUUCUAAGCAACAUGUUGUGCUCCACACUUUUUAAAAGGAACACCAGGAAAAUGUCUUUUAUUCAAAAAAUAUGAUUAUCUAAUCCUUGAAAUGUACACAGAUGCAGAUUAUGCUAGAUCUAUUAUAGAUCAACGAUCAACAUUAAGAUAUUGUACAUUUCUUAGAGGUAAUCUUAUUACUUAGAGAAGUAAGAAACUAUUACAAACCUCUUGAGAUUUGGGCGAAUCUUCACCCUAAUCUUACCUUAGACGUGGCUCACUCAGGAAAUCAACUCUUUGUUGUAUAGAAGAACUAGAUUGAAUAAUUAAAAAUGGAAAUUGGAAAGACAAUAGAGGUUCGCAGACAGUAGGGUGAGUUCCUCAGGUUGGAUCAAUCCUCAAGAAUAGGAGAGCCCAAAUCAGACAUCCCUAGGGACAGAUCUCCCUCUCCACUCUCUGUUUUCUCCUCCUCUUUCUUAUUUUGGCCUCUUCUAUAUUUAUAGACCCCAGUACAUUAUUCUGUUGUGGUCCCCCUUUCACAUGGGGGUCUAGGUCAUCUUGUGUAGAUGAUAGUUGGCUUUAUAACAUUACUUCCCCCCAUGAGUUUCACCUUGUCCACAAGGUGAGAUGUAGGAAAUUGUCGAAGGAAUGUUGAUACUGUCAUCCAUAACGAUUCAAACUUUGGAAGAUGUUUCCAUGAAACUAAAAUCUUUGUGUCUUGAGGAGUUGACCUAUGAGCUUUUAUGCCAUCUAGAAUUAGUAUCCAUUCUUGUUCUUCUGAUAGUGUUGGGGGAAUUGGUUAACUUAUGCUGUGUGUUCUGAGUGUCUUCUUGAGCUGGGAUAUAUGGAACACCGGAUGAAUAACUGAAUGGUUGGGCAAUUGGAGUUUAUAUGCCACUGGUCCAAUUCUUUCCAUAAUAGGAUAUGGAUCAAAAUAGUGAGGGUUUAUCUUCUUGAUUUCCUUUUUUGCCAGAGAUUUCAUUUGGUAUGGUUUGAUUUUGAGGAAGACCAUAUCACCCACCUCUAAUUCAACUUCUCAACGAUGCUUAUUUGUAUUAAAUUUCAUCCUCACUUGUGCCUUGUGCAAGUUGAAUUUCAAAAUCUUAAGGAUAGCAUUCUGUUCCGAGAGUAGUUGAUGAUCGAUAGCAUCAAGUGGUGAAGGGGAUGUUCCAUAUUUGAUAAGUUUCCACGGGUCCCUGCCAUAUGCUGCUCGAAAAGGAGUCAUUUUAGUGGAAGAAUGAUAUGAAGUAUCGUAAUUAUAUUCUGCCCAAUGAAACCAUAAUUUUCAUUGCUUCGGUUUAUCAAAUACUGCACAUCUCAUGUAAUUUUCUAAGCACUUGUUGACAACUUCAGUUUGUCCAUCUAUUUGAGGGUGGUAAGAAGAGCUGAAUUUGAGUUCAGUCCCUUGUAGUGUGUAGUUCAUGCCAAAAUGCACUUAAAAAUAUUUGUCCCUUAUCAGAGACCACUGUUUUUGAAACCCAUGGAGUCAUACGAUUUCCUUGAUGAAUAGUUGAGCGACCUCCUUGGCUGAGAAUGGAUGAUGUAGGGCAAUGAAAUGACUGUUCUUGCUGAAUCUAUCCACUACUACUAAUAUGGCAUUCGAUUCAUAUGAUUUGGGUAAGGCUUCAAUAAAAUCCAUUGAAAAGUCUUCUCAUAUUUGGGUAGGUAUAGGCAAAUGGUUGUAGAAGUCCUGUCGGAGAUAGUGAAGAAGAUUUGCACUGUAAACAAGUAGGGUAAUUGUUGAUAUAUGCCUUUAUAUCUUUCUUCAUUCUUUGCCAAUAGAAUUGUUGCGAAAUUCUAUGGUAUGUCUUUUGAAACCCCGAAUGACCCCUCACCAAGCUGUCAUAAAUUAAUUGUAACACUCUGAUAAUUAAACGAGAAUGUGUUGGCAGAACCAACCUUUCUUUAUAUAGCAAAGAUCCAUCCUUCAAAGAAUAUAAUUUGUUUGCUGUAUCUCCUUUAGACAAGGAGGUUUUAAUCUCUGCAAACCUAGUGUCUUGGUCCGCUAUUAGUCAGACAGCUUCGAGAUCAAUGCAGUGAUGUGCUAUUGGCUCAUUUAGUUCAGCCUGCAGUAAUAAUGGACAUCGGGAUAAUGCAUAUGCGGCCUAAUUGUUUUUCCCUUCAUUAUAUUUAAUUUCAAAACUAUAGCCCAUCAAUUUCACCAACCAUUUAUGAUAUUCAACAUGGAUUUCCUUCUAUUCAAGUAAGAAUUUAAGACUGUACUGAUCUAUUUUGAUGAUAAAAUGUUGAUACAUAAGAUAAUGUCUCUAUUUUCUUACUACCAACAUUAGAGCCAUCAACUCCCAUUCAUAGGCUGAUUUCAAUUUGGCUCUCAUUGAAAGUGUUUGACUGAAAUAAGCUAUUGGGCGCCCUUGUUAUAUGAGAAUGGCCCCAACACUUGAUCUAAAAGCGUCAGUUUUCACAAUAAAUUCUUAUGAAAAAAUUGGUAAUGCUAAUAUCGGAGCCAUAGUCAUUACUUGUUUAAGGGUAGAAAAAGCUGCUUGUGCUUCUCUUGACCAAUAGAAUACAUCUUUUCUUAAUAAUUGUGUUAGUGGCCACGCAAUUAAAGCAUAGUUGGCUAUAAAUUUUCUAUAAUUCUAGUGAGCCUUAGGAACCCACAGAGUUCCUUAAGAUUUUUAGGAAUUGGCCAAUUAGUCAUGGCAGAUAUCUUCCCCUUAUUGACUUCUACUCCUUCUGCCGACACCUAGUGGCCCAAAUACUCUAGUUUACUUUCUCUAAAUCUGCAUUUCUUGACAUUAAUUUGAAGAGAAUUUGCUGGAGAAUGAAAAAUACCGUCCUCAUAUGAUGCUAGUGUUCAGCAGCAGUGACGCUGUACACAAGUAUAUCAUCAAAGAAAACCAGUACGAAUCACCUCAAUUGAUGUUGAAAUAUUUGGUUCAUUAGUGAUUGAAAGGUUGCUGGUGCAUUUGACAAUUCGCAAGGCAUGACUUUAAAUUCAUAAUGGCCAUGAUGAGUCUUGAAUACAGUCUUAGGUACAUCUUUCUUUUUCAUUUUGAUUUGAUAAUAUCCUGACUUUAAAUCAAGUUUUGAAAAAACUGAUUUCCCAGAUAAUUCAUCUAGCAGCUCAUCUACAACUAGAAUGGGGUAUUGGUCAGGAAUUGUAGCUCGGUUCAAUGCUCUAUAAUCUGUACAAAAUCUCUAUCCGCCAUUUUUUUUCUUGACUAAUAAUGCAGGGCUCACAUAAGGACUAUGUGAAGGUUGUAUGACUUCUGUUGAUAUGAGUUCUUGGACGAGUGUCUCAAUUUUAUUUUUCUAAAAAUGAGAGUAUUUAUAAGGCCUCAAGUUAAUAGGUUUUGUUCCUGGUAAUAGAUGAAUGGCAUAGUCAACAGGGCGCUUGAGUGACAUUCCUAUCACUACUUCAAAAACCUUUAGAAAUUCUUGUUUUAGACUGAUUUCUAAAUCGUUGGGUGCAUUAGGGUCUCUAUGUGAGUGAAUGUGAUGCAAUUCAACCACAUAUGCCUUCCUACUCUUAAGUUCCUUCUUUACUUUUCUUGGUGAUGUAUUGAUUUUGAUAAUACUAGGGUCUUCUUUGAAGAUGUGAAUUUUGCCUCCUAUCAUGAACCUCAUUAUGAACUUAUCAUAGUUGGAAAGGAUCCACCCCCAAGUUUUCAACCACUGUAUGCCUAGGAUCACAUCCGUGUCACUCAAUUUUAGUGGUAAGGAAUAUUGUACUAUCAAAACACCUUGCACAUGGAGAAGAAUAGCCUUGCAAAUUGCUGCACCUGCCACUAUGUUGCCGUUGCUCAUAACUAUGCUGUAGCCAUUUAGCUUCUCCAUUUGUAAGGAUAAGUUAUCAAUUAUUUUGGUGUACAAGAAAUUGUGAGUUGCCCCACUAUCAAUGAUAUUGACACCUUGGUGUCAUGAAUUUUGCCCCAGAAUUUCAUAGUCCCUUGCUGAAUAAUUCUCAUGACUGAAUUUAAGGACAUGUGUGCAGUAAAAGCCUUCUCAUCCAUGUUGGAUAUAAUCUGAUCAAAUAGUUCCCACCCUUCAUUGGUGCUAUCAUCUUCUGCACUCUUCUGGUCUUCAUCCACAACAAUAAUAUCCAACUCCUUUUUCCAGCGAUGCCCUAGAGUGAAUUUUUCAUUGUAGUAAUAGCAUAAUCCUUUAUCUUUUCUUUUUUGAAAUUCCUGAUCUGUCAACUUGAGUAUCUUGCGGUUACUCAAAGGUGGCUUGGAUGUCAUGGAAUUUUCCUUUGAUGUGCCUUCAACUGAAUCUUGAUAAUCCUUCUUGAAAUUACCUUUUUUAGUUGUAUUCUGGAAUUCUCUUUUGCAAGAAUCAUAACGAGGUUGAGGUGGUUUAGGCUUUGUAAUCACUUGUUUUCCAAAGAAUUUAUUUCUGCUAUUUCGGAUUUCUCAAAGACGAAUCUUCACUUGGAUUGAUAAAUUCAUUGUUUCUCUGAGUCCCAAGGGCUCAUGCAUUGCCAAUUCCGAUCUGAUAUCUGAUUUCAAGCCCCUCAAAUAUGCAUCUUUUAAUACUUCUGUGUUUAUAUGAGGUAGAAAGGUUACAAUUUGUUCAAAUUCGGCCUUGUAUUCUCUUAGUGAUGUGGCUUGUUGUAAGCUCAUUAGUUGUUGCAGUGAACUCCCCAUCUCAAAUGUCUUGAAUUGUUUCCCCAAUUGACUCUUAAAGUCAUGGCAAUCUCGAAAUGGAAACCUCUCUUUCAUCCAUAUAUAUCAUUCCAGGGCUUCCCCCUCCAUACUCAACAUAAUUUGCUUGAGUCUAUCAUGUUUUGACAUAGGGUUUAGGCAGAAAUAUCUCUCAGCACGCUUGAUCCAUUCUUCAGGGCCAUAUCCUUGGAAAAUUAUUAACUCUAUCCCCUGAUUUAUCUAUGUUUGGCCAUCUUGUGAAGCUUGACUUGAAUUAGUGGUGCCAUUAUAUGGUUGCCUCGGUUCCUCUCUUGGAUCUUCAUUUGGAUGCGAGUUGGAGUGUGGAUCCCUUGUGGAUAAUUUUUGGAGAAUUUGGUUGAGUUUUCUCUUUGCUCGAUUAAGGAUUGUUCUUGCUUAGCAUAUCCUUGUUUCAGAGAUGCAACCUCUUCUUCUAACGAAGCCAUCUGAUGUGCCUUAGAUCUGGUGAACAUCCGCCGAUCAAGAUAGGUUCCAGGCUAUAUUAGAUCUUUCUUCUUGCCGUAGAUCUGCCAAUCUUCUUCCAACAUUUUGACUCUCUGGAAUUACGGUCAAAUAAUUCGUUGUAAGAAUUACCUUCGUCUCUUGAAUUCAUCGUAGUUCGAUCUUGGAAGGAAUUUCUGCUUUAACUUGUUAAUUUGAUCCUCAUUAAGCCCCGAACAGAAUCUUGCUCCUGUAAUCUUGUGCUUGCGGUAAUUUCUCUGAGCUCUCGCAAAAGGACCAGAAUGUCUGCUCUGAUACCAGUGUUACGAACCUCUUGAGGCUUGGGCGAAACUUCACCCCAAUCUUACCUUAGACAUGGCUCACUCAGGAAAUCAACUCUCUCUUGUAUAGAAGAACUAAACUGAACAAUUGAAAAUAGAAAUUGGAAAGACCAUAGAGGUUCUCAGACAGUAGGGUGAAUUCCUGAGGUCGGAUCGAUCCUCAAGAACAGGAGAGCCCGAAUCGGACUUCCCCAGGGACAAAUCUCCCUCUCUACUCUCUGUUUUUUGCCCCCAUUUCUUAUUUCGGCCUCUUCUAUAUUUAUAGGCCCCAAUACAUUAUUCUGUUGUGGUCCCCCCUCAAUGUGGGGGUCUAGGUCGUCUUGUGUAAAUGACGGUUGACUUCGUAAUAGAAACAAAAUGUCGUAGCUAGAUCAAGUGCAGAAGUUGAAUUUCGUGUUAUGGCACAAGGCAUUUGUGAGACUCUAUGGGUCAAUAUCAUUUUGAAGGAUUUGAAGAUCAAUAUAGAUGGUCCAAAGAAGCUUUGUUGUGAUAAUAAAUUGGCGAUUAAUAUUGUUCACAACUUUGUUCAGUAUGAAGAACUAAACACAGAGAUUGAUUGCCACUUUAUAAAGGAGAAGAUAGAUAGUGGACGGAUGUACUCUAUAUCUGCUUGCAACUGACCAAAUCACAAAUAUAUUUACAACAACAUAUUCUAUCAUCUUGUGUCCCGUUCACCAACUUGAGGGUGAGUGUCAAAAAUAUUUUUUUCAUUUACUGUUUUAGUCCUUUAUUUUCUUGUCCAUCACACCUCGUAAUAAAACAAUAAACUGAACCGGUUCAAAUUGAACCGGACCAGUUUACCCUCUCCCAUUUCAUAACAGCUGGUCGGUAUAAAUACCAACCGGCAUGUGUGAUGAAAUUUAGGCCUUCAGUCUUUUUCUUUUCCGUGUCUCUCUCUUGUGUUCAUUGCUGGUGCAGAAAGGAAGGAAUGGAGGCAUUUGGAGAUGAUCAAAGUCCAACACGAUUUCUGACAAGAUUUACAAAGUCAUAUCAACUAUCACUUAAAACUAUAACCAAAAUGAAAAAUAAUUAACUAUUAUCCUGCUUGUUAGAGAGAAACCCAAUUAAAUGGAGUUUAUCAUGUCUAAAUAUUCAUUAUAACCUAAAUUUGUAAUGUGCAUUUCUAUCGUACAAUUUCUUAAGAUAUUUUACUAAGCUUCAUGAUUGUAUUAGUUUGCAGUAGUGGUUGUAUUAGUUUGUAAUAAAGCGUGUAUUAUCAUCCACCUUUAUUUGAAUUUGUACCACUUAUUAAAUUUAAAUUUAUACUAUUCUUGAAUACACAGUCAGCAUAUUUACAUCAUGCUUUUAAAUUUGUAUUGGGUGCUCGUGUUACUGGAAAAUGUGUGGUUAACAUUUAAGGUGGGCAACUUGUAAACGAAGGUUAAAUGUUAACCUAGUGGAAUGCUUGAGGAAACGGUCAAGGAGUAAAGAAGGCCUUGCAUUAAAGAAAACCCCUUCAAAAUUUCUUGUAUUCUGUGUGUGAAGCUUACAUAAAUAGUUGUAGACUCAUAUUGAAGCUUAAACCAAAAAAAAUGACUUGCAAUGGUGUCACUAAAAGAGAUUGUUGGGUGUUGUGUUUGUUGAGCUGUCAGCAACCAGUUUAGUCGUACAAGAGCUGUUAGUUUACAUGGACAAACUUUAUCUUGCCUGCCGAGGAUAACAACCAGUGUGAGUUACUCAAAUUAAAAAAGAAUUGGUUUACUAACUGAGAAGAAAAUCAUUAUUCAUAGGUAAGAAGAAAAUCAAUAUUUUUUAGACAAAUAUGUGGAUGAAGUUCAAAUAAAAGAUAAGUUAUAUCUCGAAGAGGAUUUCUACAAUGACACUGACAAAUAUAGUAUCACCUUUACUAGUGGGAAAUCGAAUAGUUGAUGCGUCUUGCAUUGUUGUAUGCAGAGUACUCAUAACCCAUGGUAGAUGUUUUAGAAGAAUAGUGGAGAAUAAUAUUUCUAAGUUGCUCUUUGAGUCUCUAAGCAUUCCGGAAACUACACUGUGAACUAGAUGACUACAGCUGCAAAACAUUUGAAUGUUAACAAAUGCAACUAAUUUAUGCUAUAUCUCAAUCAAAUAAAUCAAAACUGAAUUUAUAUAUUUAAAAUUUUCUGUCUUAAUCACUUGACAGUUCAUCAUUUAGAUGGAAAAUUAAUUUCUUAAAGUUUUUGAGUCUGAUAGAUAGUUGACUACUCACAUAAUUACCUUUAUCUUUGUUCCAAGUGUAUUCAUUUAAAACCUUGAAAAAAAUAGUUCUUAAAAAUUAUGGAUGAUAAAUUAUAAAAUAAAUGUAUGAAUAGAAUUUUUUGAUUAAUAAUAAUUGCUCAAAUUUGAAGUCCUCUGGGACUUGGCUUCAAUUCCUUAGAACGAUGGUUCCAAAUGUUUGAAAAUCGUUUCUGCCUAUUUGAUUUUUUGGUUACUGUGAAAAGUUAGAAAGAAAAUAACCUAUAUAUAUUAACGAAUGUAAUAUUAUACAUCUUAUUUCUGACCCUGUAAGAUUUGUUGACAAGGGUUCUAUGCCAUAACUUGAGCAAGUUUGAUUCUGCAAUAAGUUGGUUUAGAACACUUAAUGAGUUGUUAUAUGGUUUUCAGUAGAAAUUCAAAAGGUUUAGGUGCCAUCUCCUUUUCAUAUGCAGUUGAGUGGCACACCUUGCACUGUUUUGAGCAUGACAUGGAAACCAUAGGAAUAAUCUAGUAAAAAUUGAUAUUAGUCAAGCUGCUAGGAUUCAUGUUGUGAGUCGCAGUACAACAGUCUUGAAGAGUCUACUGCAAUUUAACUUGGUGAUGGUUAUUGUAAGAGCUGUGUUAAGGAUGUUGAUAACACUGUUGAUCCACGAUCUGGAUCAAUAUUUGGGAAGUCUUGAGUCAACUUGAGUCAGCAAAUUGUGCUUUACCCAUAGAGUACAGUGAACUAUAUUUGUAUAAAAUAAACAGUAUAAGGCAGAACACCAGUUAAUAUGCUGUCAGAUGGUGAAAAUUUUCCUUUUGCUUCUUGUUUUUCUUGCAUAAAAAAUACUGAAUGUUUUUGAAUUUAGGACAUUUUUACUCGAUAUUUUAAUCCCUUUUCAAUCACGUUGUCAGCUUUCUGAUCUGCCUUUUUUCUUUUGGAUUGUCUACUAGUUGCAAUACUGUCUUCUGUCCUAUUGAUGUCAUAUAUAUGAUUGUUCUUUUAUCUACAGGUAGCUGAAGAACUUUACCAGGCUGGAUUCAUUAGUUAUCCUCGAACAGAGACAGAUAGCUUUUCUGUUAACACGGAUUUGCACGUAUGUCUUUUGUGUUCAGUCAUCAUGCGGCCACUUCGCCAAUUUUUACUAUUCUUGUCAACUGUGCUUUCAUGGUUCUCAUGCUUCUAUAGCUUUUUCUUCAUUUGGUUGUCUUCCAUCUCUAUCAAUGGAAACUGAGAAGAUGGUUAUAUGUGUUUUGGUAUUACAUGAUUAUUCUUCUGUUGUUGGAUCAUGUAAUAUUAAUACUCUCAGCUGUUAUCUCUCGGAGAUUGUUGAAUUAAAUGGAUUCAAUACAAUGAUGAGCUCAUGGUUUGCAAAUGGAAAAGCUAUUACAGAUGAAAUAUAGGCUAGGUGCGAGUGGACGUAGCUCAAUGGGCUGUGAAUUUUUCUGGCCGGGAAUCGGUUUUAAUUUUAAAUUCUUUUCUUGAUUUGAGCUUUGAGUUUGUAGUUAGCUUUGACUCUGAUGCUGCUGUAAUCUAUUCUGUGGGGUUCAUCUUCAUGGUGCUGUUAAAACCUUAUUCAUUUCCAGUUGAGAAAUAUAUCUGAAACUAUUGCAAUUGUUGAUUGACACUUGAGUGACUCAUGCUCAGUGCAAGAGAUAUGGUUUACCCACGAUUUAAAACGUGGAAUCAGAAAUAUUAGUUGCUUUAUGUGUGCUUGUACUAUGAUCUACUGUUAAGGUCCCUUGUAAAAUAACAUUAGCUCUAUUGACUCAGAAACUUUUUUAAGUUUUCUGAAGCUCUAUUGUCAUGAAUGGUUCCGUGUUGUUUACUCCAUAAGAAAAGCUUUGGAAGUAUGUGUCUACUCUCUUCAUAGCCACUAACUAAUCUUAACAUGGUAUUAGAGGUAAUGGCUUCUGUUUGAUUGCUUGCAACCUUUUUAUGUCGUUCACCUGAGAAAGACCAGAAAUUGACUUCCGUAUGAGAUUGGAUAUUAAGAAUAGUCCCGUAAUGGUUACAACAAAAUGCCUUUAAUAUUGCUGCAAUAAACAUGGCUGUAAAUGGUCACGAGAGAGGUGAGCACAGAAUGUAUCUAUUUAAUUAUUGGACUAGAUAAUUUUCUAUUCUAAGAAAUGUGGUUCUGAGUUAACUCUAUUUAAUGCUGGUCGGGUUGGUUUUUCGAUUGACCAGCAUCACUUAUUUCUUAAAGCUUCAGCACAACUUCCUAGGCCGGUGUCUGGUAACAUUCUAAUCUUACUAUCCAUGGCAAUCAAAACGUCAUUUAAUGUCUCAGAUGCGAAAUGACUGAAGGUGGAAUAGAGCUGUGAAGUGGAUGACGGUGAGACAAUGACCCAAUAGGAAAUAUGGAUGGUUGGAUAUAUCAAGAAAACGAAGGGAAUAUCAUAAAUGUGUCAACCUAAGAGAAAACUAGAAGCAUAGAAUCAGAGGGGAGUGAGUUAGCAUAGGAAAAGAUAAUCCAUCGUUUCCUUUGAUAUUUUGGACAGGAUUUAAAUACUAUUGAAGGCUAUUCCGAAGUUUGAAGAAUUUUUUUUGAGACCUUAAGCUUAAUUUGAAGAUGUCAGACUAAGCAUUCUUCCAAAAUGGGCUCAACUUAUGCUUCAGCAUGUGCAUGCAUGUUCACACAGCAUUGAGCAAAGCACAACACAAAGCAGCACAGGCGUGUUUGUGUGUGGCAAAUUCACAGAGGCAUAUGACGCGCAUGUGCAGCACAUAGCAGGCAUGGAAAGAGGUAAACAGAUGUGCCUGUUAACCUCAUUCUGCCACAUGCAUACUGUUAACCUUGCUGGCAGGUCGCACUUUGGGAACUUGCGUUGUCAUUUGAAUUCUCUUAAGAGGAUGGCCACACUACCCUACCAGGGAGGUGGUUAGCAGCCAACCCUCGUGUCACAUGCAGUCAAGUUGUCACGUCAUGGUUAAGCUGAGUUAACCUCGGGAAAAAUAGGAAAAGCCACGGGAUGCUCUUCGGUAUGAAUAUUUGGGGCGUUUUUCUGAUGUUGUCUUAUGAAUCACAAUUGGUGAGACAUUUAAAAUGUUAAAUCUAGUGAAGCUAAAAUUUGCAGAGGCAAAUAGUAGCUCUAAAUAUUGGCAAGGUAUGCUUCUUUUGUUCCGUUCAAUUGAUCCUUGUUCUCCCUUCUGCGCUGUCUUUGACUGUUGUACCAAUCAUUUAUGUUAUGUGUGGAAAGAAUUCGUGGAAUUUUUUUCGUAAAGCAUAAUUUAUCAUUUUAUUACUCGUAUAUGCAGGCAAUUGUGCAAGAGCAAGUAGCACAUCGUGAAUGGGGUGCAUAUGCUCAAAGGCUUUUAGAUCCCGAAGCAAGGCUCUGGAGAAACCCUCAGAAUGGUGGGCAUGAUGACAAGGCACAUCCACCCAUCCAUCCUACAAAAUUUUCUUCUGGGGAAUCCAAUUGGAGUGAAGAUCACAAAGUAUGUAACCUUUUAUUUGUGUCAAGUGUUAAUGUUGACAAGUUUUGUGAAAAAUGAGGUAUAUUAGCCAUUUGUUGUUGCCAUCAUUGUCAUUUUUGUGCAAACAUUAUGUAAAUUUAGUAGCAAAUACUGCAGACUGUAAAAGAGUAUCUCAUGCAGGGGAUGUCAGAAGGUAAAUUCUAAAUAUCAGAAUUCCUCACUUCUAGUUGAGAUGUGAGAAAUUAAUUUCAAGGUGUCAUCUAGUGCUUACCUCUAUCUGCCUUGAUAUGGUAAUAGCACUACAAGCUAAUUCUUACUCUGUUCUUCUGUCUUGAGGAGUCUACCUCUUACCUUGUCAUGGAUCUUUCUGCAAGUCGACCCAGGAUAACUUGAAGAAACUGGAUUUCUUCUUCUGUCAUUUUUCUUUUGAAUCUUGCAUCAACCUCCUCUGGUUGUCUUUGAACAAAAAAAAAUAAAAUUCACCGUGGCAUGAUGGUCAUCAGAUGCCCUCUAAUGAACUGGGAGGCUGUUCGUUAGGAGAUCAUUCAUGACACUACCUUUUCUGCAACAUAAAAUGCUUUUGGUAUUCCUUGGUGAAAGCUAGAGAACAUCAAUCAUCAUAUCCUACCUUGCAAGAUGCUUAAUCUCGCCUUAAAAGAUUAUUAGAAGCUCUAUGUCCUAUGUUUCUUUCCUUUAGAAGUAUGUUUGACGGUCAUGGGUGCUUAUGCCCAAUUUCCAAAACCUACUGCCCAGUAAUGUCAGGUUACAGUUUCUGCUAUUAGAAAAAACCAAUGCAUACUUCACCUAUCUAAUCUCAGGCAAUCCUUUGCACCCAUCUUCACUUUCGUUCCAGAUAAAUCUGGCUUGUAUGUACCUCAGCUUUUAUGAAAAAGAAAGGUAGGUUGGGAGAUACACUUUUACAUAAAACCAGCUUCUCACAUUAAGAAAAAAGCUUUCUUAUUGUGAAUGAUAUCGUAUAUUAGGUUAAAUGAUGCUAUUAUUCAUUCCAGUUUUGUACAUUCGUUGUCAUUUUGCAUGUAGAGUACCCUAGUUUUCUGAAAAUAUGUGGUACUUGAGAUAGGAUACGAUCACAUUUUCUGGUUUCUGUUCUUUGUGGAAUCUAUAUCUAUUUGCAUGUAGGGUAACCCAAAACAACAAAAAUUGUGGAUACAACGGAAAGCAGAAUUUGUGAUCAUACCAUACACCAGGUGUCACUUACUCUGAGGAACCUAAGGUAUCCUUAAACAACAAUGAAUAUAUGCAAUAUCAAGGCAUAUUCCCAACUGAGAGGGCACCGUCCUAUUUCAAACCCUAAUGUUUUUUCCUGCCUUCCCUUGUGUUCACACCCACAAUACCUUUUUUUUUCUGAGAUAUGAGUUUGCCUGGGUCUUUAAACAGUUUUAGAAUCGCCUAGUCACAUCUUGACACUGUUUCACCAUGGAAAAGAUGGUCUUUCUAGGAUAAUAGAAUUCUGUUCCCUUAGAAUACCUUCCAAGAAUUUAGCCUUCUACCACAGUCUGUUUGACAGCUUUGUCACAAGAAUAUUGAGGAACAAAGGAGCUCAUUGCUUGAUACCUGGCCUAAUAUAAAAGAAUCACAAAGGCCCUUCACUGAUCACCACACAACUGAAGUGCUACAAACAGAGAUCCUAUUGAUCUAUCACAGAUGAAUGUUAAUGUGACUGAAUACUUGAAAAACAGUCCCAUCCCUGUGUUCAUCUGUGUUGCUAUAAACUUGACCAAAAUUUGGUGUUCUUUGACGAAAGCUCUUUAAUUUCCCUGUAUUUUUGUAAGAAAUGUUGAAAAUAUUUUUUACAUUUUGUUAAACAAGCUGCUGAGCCCGAAAUCCUAUGGCCUAUUUGCUUUCUGCCUGUGUCUGCAGUAACAUCAUGGCAGCAUUAUUUAUUUUAGACCUUCCUUUCCUUUUUAACACUUUGUCACUGUAGGUGGAAAUCUUGAUUCCAUGAACUAAUGUUGGCGAUCUAGGGUUUAUAUCCUAACCCAAGAAGCAGCAUAAUGGGCCACGACAUGUCUGGCCCAUUACCACUAGAUGAUGGCCCGCUAGAUGGGCCAUGACAUAGGGAAGCCUAAUAGGAAUGACCCAUUACAUUUAAGGCCCCCCCUCAAGUUGGAGCAUAGAUAUAUAUGCACCAAGCUUGGUACAAAUGGCCGUCACUUGUAGAGAUUUUGUGAAAAUAUUUGCAAGUUGGUCUUUAGAUGACAUGUUGGCAAUAGUGAUGUGUUGAGCUUGAAGUUGCUCUCGAAUGAAAUAAUAGUCAACUUUGAUAUGGUUGUGUGCUCGUGGAAGAAAGGAUUAGAUGUAAUGUGGAUGGCAGCUUGAUUGUCACAUCAAAGUUCCAUAGGGCCAAGAGGAGGAAGCUUGAGUGCCUCUAAAAAAUUUCAAAUCCAAAUGAGCUCACAUGUGGUACUCUGUAUUUAGACUCCACAUUGGAUCAUGAGACUGAUUGUUUAUAGCUCUUUCAAGAAAUAAGAUUGCCAUCAAGUGAAAUGCAAUAACCAAUUAUAGAUGUCUUGUCUGUAUUGCUUUUAGCCCAAUCGCCAUAAAAAAACCCUGGAUGUUAAGAUGACCAUGGUGCUUGUACAAUAAUCCUUGGCUUGGAUUUGUUUUUCAGAUAUCGUAGAAUUUGUUUAAUGGUUGCGAAGUGCCCACUAUGAGGUCGAUCACUAAACUGACUUACAAGACUUGUAGCAAAUGAGAUAUUUGGUCGAGUGAUAGUUUAGUAGAGUUUCCCAACAAGGCACCAAUAUCUUCUUGGAUCGUCUAAUAGUUCUCCUUCUAUAUGAGAUGACUUUAAGUGGGGAUCUAUACGAGUGGUCGUUAGUUUUGCUCCAAUCAUACUUGUCUCUUCAAGUAGAUCAUGUAUACACUUCUAUUGAUUAAUCACAAUGCCUUCCUUAUAACAUGCAACCUCUAUACCAAGAAAGAACUUGAGAUUAUCUAGACGUUUGGUAGCAAACUGGCCUACAAAAAGGUCUUGAGUUGAGAUAUAUCAAUAGAAUCACUCAUAGUGAUAACUAUGUCAUCAACAUAGACAAGUAAUAAGAUACACUUGGUUGAGGAGUGUUGAUAAAAGAAAGAGUGGCCAACACCACAUCUUUGAAAACCAAACUCACUCAUAGUAUUGUUAAAUCAACUGAACCAUGCUCGAGGAGAUUGCUUCAAAUCAUAAAGGGACUUCUACAAUAUAGAUCCUAAACUUGUGACAAGUGUGGUAGAAUCAUUCAUUAGGGUGAUAGUACAAACACCAGGAUGACUAGAAUAAAGAUAUAAAAUUAUUAGAUAUAAUUUUAUUAUGGUCAAUAGCACCUGAGUCAAGAAUCCAAUAGGGCAAUUCACCUUAAGAGGAUGUAGAUGUGUGAGAGAGUGACAUUGCAGAUGUCUUAGUUGUGUCUAAGGCAAUAAUUGGUUCUGAUGCUUGUUGGACAAUUUGAAAUUAGAGUAUGUGAGCAUACUCAUCAGAAAGUGGCAUGUGAUGUAUGACUCGAGAUCCUCCCUGCUAUGACAAUGUUAGCAGUCUGGGGAGGACGGCCAUGAAGUGCAUAACACUUGUCCCUUGUGUGACCCUUUUUCCCGAAAUAUGUGCACUCAUAUUUCUGGCAAUUUCCAAGUGCUCUACCUCCACUUCUCCCUCUCUAAGAGUGACCACCAUGAGUAUGCCCAUGAGGAUUGUUGAGCAGACACAUACUGUGUUCUCCACAAUGGGUGUGGUCUUUGAAAUUCCUUGACCCAGAGAAGCACGGGAGAUAUGUUAAUAGGCAUCAAUAAGUGUUGGCAGCUCAUUCUUUGCUAGGAUCUGAGAAUGAACUCUAUCACACUAAGAAUGAAGCACAUCAAGAAAUUUAACUAUUGUUAGUUAAUCUUGUUAUUUAUGUAUCACUUGGAGAUUAGUAGAUAAUGAAAAUAAGGAGUGAAAAUUUGAGUAAGACGAGCGAUCUCACCGAAGUAUUGACUUAUGUCUCUUUCACCUUAUUUCAGCCAGUAAUACUCCACAGUCAUACAAUAGAUCUCAGAGAUGUUGUUGGUGUACAUUAGUGUAAGAUGAUCUCACAUUGUCUUGUAUGUGUCUAGAUACUCAAUAGAGGCAGAAGACCUCUCUAUAAAGAAGUAUAGUAGAGGUAGAAAAUCUCGCCAGAAAGAUAAUCAGCGGAAGUGGAAGACCUUGUCAAAAAGAAGCAUGAUGCCAAUGGCGACAUGGUGGCAGAGGACAUUGGCGACAGCGGGGUCAACUUGGAAUGGUGCCAGAGAAGGGUUUGAAAUCCUAACCUGGCUCUGAUACCAUGUAGAAGGUGGAAAUCUUGAUGGCAUGAAUUAAUGAUGGCAGUCUAGGGUUUAUAUCCUAACCCUAGAGGCAGCAUAAUGGGCCACAACAUUUUUGGCCUAUCACCACUAGAUGACGAUCCAUUAAAUCGGCUGCAACAUAGGAAAGACCAAUAGGAAUGAACAAUUACAUUUAACAGUCACCAACUGCAGAUGAUACGCUUUCAUAUUUUUCGUGAGCCUGAAAAGAGUAAAUAGUUUUACUCUGGUUCAAAAUUAUUGAAGUUUUUGUUGGGCUCUUGUGUGUAUGUCAUAAAGAUCAUCCUAGAAAACUGUAGCAUAAUUAAACUGUUUAUACUUUAGUUAUCUCAUGAAGUUUAGAUUUUUAUGGCUUUAAAUUUCAAGAUGACAAACUUGAUCCUUAUUACAUAUUUUUAGUAAAUUACCCUCGUUUUAAAAGCCAACAUGAGCCCUAUUAGAUCUAUAACAGUUUCUAAUAUGAAUUUUCAUGAUUUUAUUCAGCGUCUAUAUGGAUUUGUUGUACGCCACUUCCUUGCAUGUGUCUCCCAGCCCGCUGUAGGGGCUGAAACUUCUGUUGAAAUUGACAUAGCUGGGGAACAGUUUUCUGCAUCUGGGCGUGCAAUCAUUUCUGUGAGUACUUGGCUGCUUCACUAAGCUGUUAUUUAAACUUUCAUGUUUCACAUUGUCAUAUGUUCUCUUGCUCAUUGGCCAGGAAAGUUGUGCUCUCACAUUCACCCUAGAUCACCUAGUGGAAUCUCGUGGGUUUUUGUGAUACAUAAAUCAAACUUUCAGUGGAGCACUGGUGCUCAUACGCUUUGGCCAUUUCAUUUGUUGUAAUAACAUGUUAUGAUUCUUGGCCGAAAGUACUAUUAAGCUAUCUCACCUCCUCAUUGAAAAUUCAUCUCUUACUUGACAAUUUAACUAGAUGCCAAGGUGGUAGGCCACAGUCAGUCGAAAUGAUGUCAAUAGUCGGCAGUUUCACUCAACAAAAUCUCCACCUUUCAAAUUUAUGUAUUUAAUCCUUUUAAUCUUGUAAUGUGAGUGAUUUGAUUCAUGAUCCAGAAAAAUUACCUUGAGGUUUAUCACUUUGAAACAUGGGGAGGUUCAAUUAUUCCAACCUACGACAUUGGGCAACAGGUUUGUUCUUUUUCUCUUCCAUUUUAUAGAUUGAAGUGCACUAUUGGAUCCGUGCUUGCUGAUAGCUAUUGUUUACGUUUCCAUUCUUCUUCACAGAUUUUCAUUUGCAUGUGUUAUAUUGCCGUUUUUCAACGUUUCAACUUUAUCUUUAUCUGAUAUAUAGAAUAAGCGUCUCAGGAAAUUUUACAAUGAGGUCCAAAUGCUGUGGACAGUUUGAAAUGUUGAAUCAGAUUUCAAAAGUUGUGUUUCAAAAGGAAUUUCGUACAGAAAGACCUACGGUCGAAAUCAAGUCUGGAAUCAAUUUUUGUUAAAUAUCAUCUUCUAAAUAGAAGUAAUAUUGUUCUAGUUUCCUAGAAAUCAACUGAUUAGUGACCUUGAGUUCAGGUUUUCUUAUUUAUACAUUUUUAAGAAGGCACUGAAAGCAGUUGAAUGGUUGUUGCGAGGAAAUUUUCAAUUUUUAUUGCAACAAAUAAUUGAGCUGUUUUUAUGAAAGUAUAAGCAUCAAAUAUUUAUCAUACCGCAUUUUUGCUUUAAGGAAUAAUUCACAAUACUUCAGUGAUCAUGUUCAUUUAUCAUGGUCAUCUGUAAUCCUGAUUUAUUUGCCUUUUCAGUUUUUGCCAACAACAUUGACACUGGAUUCAGGUGUGACACGGCCACCUCCUCUUCUAAGUGAAUCUGAUUUGUUAAGCUGCAUGGACAAGGUUGAAAUAAUUAUCAUACUGAAGAUUCCUUUUACAUUUCAUAUUAUGUGAAACUUUUCUCUUUACUUUUUCAUAGUUUUUUCUUGUUUGAUUAUGAAAUAGUCCCAUAAUUUGUCUUUUUUUUAUGAUGUUUCUAGGAGGGCAUUGGCACUGAUGCAACUAUGCAUGAUCACAUAAAAAAACUGCUGGAUCGUUGCUACGCGACUAAAGAUGCGAACACCCGCUUUUCACCUACAAAUCUUGUACGUAGUUGCCUAGACCUUCUCAUUUAAUUGUGUUUCACAGUUGUUUUUUGUUCUUUAAAUAGCUGGACGUUUAUUGUGGUAGUAUGAACGAGAUAACUGAAAAGGUUUUAAUGCAGUGCCCUAACGUGGGAUUCUAGAGUCUUCUUAUACAUGUUGUAACAUACAAGAAAGAGUAGAAAAUCAGUUUAACAUUGCGUAAUGAUAGAAUGUAGUUGGGAUCUAAUUAUGGGGUAUAACUCUACUUACAUGGCGAAGAUUAGAAUAAGGAAAUAAAUAGCUGCUGGGUGUCAACAAUAGAAGAUUUUAUUUUCUGCCUCAUUUUGUUGGGGACGCUGUUUACAUAUCUUGUUUCAGGUUAAUUAAACAUAACGAAAAACGGUUGACACGCAGUACUGAUGGAGUUUUCUAAGCUUUGAGUGUUUGGAUGCUUCUCAUCUACCUGUAAUUGGAUACUCAUUGUAUUUAUGUUCUUCUUAGUUUUAAAUCAGGUUCAAGCAUUAAUCCUGCAAAAGAUUUGUAUGCCCCUUUAAAACGUAUGAUUUUGUGCUUACCAUUAUGUUGACUAAUUUCAGGGAGAAGCCUUGGUGAUUGGGUACGAUGGCAUGGGGUAAAAUAUUUAUCUCUAUUUCAUAUAAUUUUCUCCCUAGAAUUAUAUAUUUAUUUCUUUUCUUAGCGGUCAUAGAUUUGAGUAAUAGCCAAUAUCUUUCCUGUUAUGGUUUUAUAUCGUAGUUUCAUAUUGUUUUUUUCUAUUCAUCUCCGAAUCUACUGCUCCUCUCCUUUUUAUUUUUUAACAUUAGUUUGCAGCUGACAUAGGGAUGCUAAGUAAUGGAGCAUACAAAGAUGCCCAAAGUCUCUUGAUGAGGGUUAAAAGGAGAUGACAAGUUGAGAUGGCUGGGGUGUUGAAUGAAUGACAUGAUUUAAGAGAUAAAAAAAUUGAAAGAGAAGAGUUGUUGAGUGGGACUGAGGAGAAAGGGAGAGGAGGGAGGGUACUUUGCUAGAAGCAUGUCGAUCCGUACGUGGAAUACAAGGGAACUGGUAGUGUGCGAGCAAGGUAGAUGUCCUUCGCUUGGAACAGGCUAAAUCCUUCGGGAGGGAAGAAGAUAUAAUGAGUGAGAUUGGUGGAUUCAUCUGCCCAAAGGAGUAUCUUCUCUGAAAGUUUGAAGAUCAAGAUGUACAAUGUUCUUACAUAAUGUUUAUGCAUUAGAAGAUGUGGUGGAACAACAACAGGUGGGGAGGUAUGAUUUCUCCUAGUUCUUUAGGAACAUAAUAGAUGAAUUGGUAUGUUGUUUUUCUGGUCCUUAACAAGAGCACAGGAAAAGGAUUUUUUAAAGAUUUAUUGGCUCUUAGCAGGGUUCACAGACAUUGGUGUGGAAGAGAGUACUGUGAUGCUGCUACAGAGGAUAAGGACAGGAAAUGUGGUGUUUAUGAACCAUUAUUGAGUACAGGUGAACCUCCUAUUGUAUGCACCCUUAUUGUCUGCGGAAUGGGAGGAUCAAUAACCAAGAUUGGAAGCUACAUCUUUGCCUACCGCAGUAUCUGAAUACAAACCUCCUUUCGUUAUGGCCAUAUGUUAUAAUUUAAUAGCGUGCCAACUCAAGCAAUCAUCUCGUUUAGCAACUAUCCAAUUCAAGAUUUUUCUGUUAGGUUAAGUUCCAAAAUAUUAUAACAUGCAGGUUUUAGGAUACUGUUGAAAUGUACUAGAAGCAACCAUAGGUUUCUUGUUUACAAUACCAUUGUACUUGUUCAUUUACGUACCCAUUACCCAAAAUCAAACUUAAAGUAUCUAUUGUAUCUGAUAUCAAAGCUCUCAUUGCCUCUUUCAAAUGGUGGACGUAGCUCUGUUUCUGCAAUUAGAAGGCCUAGAAGUUUCAUAAAAAAAUGAUAGGAAUCACACGUACCCAUUAGCCAAGCACACACCUUAUAGGUACAAUCAAAGAAUGGUUAUUGAAUAAGAGACAUUAAUUAACAAGAACUUUAUCAUGAACGAUGGAUCUGAGUAGAAAACACUUAAAUCAUUCCAGCAUACUAAUUUAUUGAAUAGGAUCUUAUGAAUGUCGGUAGAUAUUUUCAGAGAUAUAUUCAUAAAUAUAUCUCUUUUCCUUUGUGUAUAUUCUUCCUUCUACUGAGGGCUGUCAUUAAUUUUUUAGGAGGUUAUAUUUUCCUGUAACUAUGUUUACCCUUUUCUUUUUUUGUAAGACCUUCUAUCAAGCAUCUAAUUUAAGUGCACUUGAAGAAGACGGAGUGUUUAAGUUUCUUGCUGGCCUAAAGAAUGAUUAUGAGUAUGACCAAGAUUUCUUUGACAUAUGAGAUUGUAGUGUGCAUGUAGUUUCCAAGAGGUGUCUAUUUUUCCUUUCUACAAGACCAUUUUGUUGAGGUUUAUAGGGGCAAGAUUACUCAUGAAUGAUACCAUCAUCAUUCAUAAGGAUGGUUAUAUUUCAUUCAAAAUACUCUUUGGUAUUGUCAAAACGAAAUAUUUUUACACAUUUUUCAAAUUAAUUUUUAUUAUGUUACAAAAUACUUUGACAAUUCUAGGGACCUCUCAUGUGUCAAAAUACUUUUUCGGAUGUAAUACCCCACAAUAUUCUGCACUAUGGUUCGUCCUCCCACAAUGUGUAUAUUUCUUUUCUGAUUUUUCUUUGGCUGGUGCUUGACCUUUUGUUGUUUUAAUUAUACAACCAUGGCUAACUAAGGCCAAGUGUUCCCCCACUUCAGGCUCAACAGACUUAGGAGUGUUGUUCAUCAUUUGUCUUCUCCCUUUUUCAUUCAACACUUUAUAAUAUACUUGUUCAAUUGUGAGAAUAGGAUCUAGGUUUAAGAAUGAUAUUAAUUUAUUUUUAAAUUUUUAUAAUUACAUUUCUAUUUUUAAAAACUGAAGAGAGUGUUUAAGUUUCUUGCUGGCUUUAACAAUGGAUAUGAAACAUUGAAGAGUCAAAUCUUAAAUCUAAAUCCUAUUCCCAUAAUUGAACAAGUAUAUUAUAAAGUGUGGAGUGAAAAAGGUAGAAGAGCCUGAAGUGGGAGAGCACUUGGCCUUUGUUAGCCAUGGUGGUAAAAUUAAAAUAGCAUAAAGUCAAGGACUAGCCAAAGGAAAGUCAGAAAAUAAAUAUACACAUUGUGGGAGGACAAAUCAUAGUGUAGAAUAUUGGGUAUUACAUCUGAAAAAGAUGUCAACAGAAUUUAAGUCUGAGGGGAGGGGAUGACUGAUAUCUGUUAGAAAUAGGUUUUUCGAUUUACUGUGCUAGUCCUUUACUUUCUUGUCCACUGUACCUUGUAAUAAAAUCAUAAGCUGAACCGGUUCAAACGGAAUCAGACCGAUUCAGCCUCUCCCAUUUCGUAACAGCUGGUUGGUAUAGAUACCAAUCAGCAUGUAAGCAUUUGAAUAAUUUGAGUUUGGGGCUUCGGCCUUCUAUUUCGUGUAUCUCUCUCGUGUACGCUGCUGGUGCAGAAAGGAAAGAAGGGAGGUGUUCAGAGAUGAUAAAAGAUAAACACGAUUUUUAACAUGGUAUCAGAGCACAGGUUUGAUGACUCCAGUCUUCUCUGAUCUUCUGAAUUCUUCUUGAACGACGGUUUCUUGUUUUUUCAGGAGAGAACAUAUUUUUUCGUGACUUGUUAGAACAAGUCACUGGUUAUUCGCUGAUUCUGAACUUUAUAGGUCAGAAUCUAACACAAUUGAACUAUAGAACAUGAACUGUGGAUUCGUGUCUUGAUCUGUAGAUUAAGACUUUUUUUCUGAAACAAACAGACCUGAUCCUUGAGUUUUCAAGAAUGUCUGAAGUGACUUCUAUGGCAGAAUAAGAAGGGUCCCGAUCUGUGAGGGUGGAACCUAUCCCAAUCUAUGGAGAUCUGCCAAUCAUACCACAAGCAGAUCAUCUAGAUGGUAGGAAUUACUUUGGGUGGUUUCAACAAAAUCGAGUUGUUCUUAAAGGACAAGGGAUGGGUAAUCAUUUAGCUCAUCCAAAUCUGAAAACUGGAGACCCAGGAUUUGAAGCAUGGGAUCAAAAAGACUCAAGAAUCAUGGCUUGGAUGUGGACAACCAUGAUUCCAGAGAUCCGUAGAACCUGUUUGUAUCUUUCUAGAGCUAGAGCAAUUUGGGAAAAUUUAUAUCAGACUUAUUCAAGAGCAAGAGAUGCUGCACAGCUUUAUGAAUUAAAGUUAAAGACGAUGACUACGAGGCAAGGGGAAAAAUCAAUGACAGAAUACACGCAUAAAGUAAGAACAUUAUGGCAAGAAUUUUAUCAAUACAAAAUUGCUGAUAACACAAUUGAUUUUCAUCUCACGUAAAUUUAAUGUUUUAUCUUUUUUAACGUCACAAUGUUUCAUAUUCCGUAGAUAUGAGCUUUGGAAACCAUACCUUCGGUCCAAGAUGGAAUCUGACACCAAGGAAGUUUGUGUGGGCUCGAAAACAAAAUCUGAGGUUUUAGAGACUUGCUUGCAGCAGAUGAAAGCUUGUUUCUUAGAUGUAAGCUUAUGAAUUUAUUAUCGUAUAUAUUAUUUCAUUAAAUGUGUUAUACCGUGGAUCUUAAAGCUUAUAGCCUCAUGGGCAUAUCAGUCAUGUAAGUGAGACCUAUAAGGCUGAUACUUUUUUGCGUUGAUGUCAGAAAAUAGCUGGUUUCCUUACAGAAAAUCUCACUAAUCUAGUGAUUGCGGUUUUUAACUCAUUAUCCAGUUUUGGUUUAUUCUCAUUCCAUUAUUUCUCAUAAUGCCUGCUUUUGACUCUAGAAAUGGGAUUUUUUUCGAUCAUAGUUUUGAUCCACCUUCACUGACACACGGUUUGAUCAAGGUAAUCCGGGUUGACCUACCUAUAGUUAAAGGCGAUAUGUUCUGCUGUGCAACAUCAUUUGAUGACUGAGGACUAGAUCAUCUUUUAAUGGGGUUGCUUUCACCAUUUGUUUUCUUCAUCCCUCGUUUCGUCCUUCAUGGUACAUUGUACGGAUGCUAUGUUACCGGACGAGAUGCAUUGCCAAGAGUAAGAGCUUUACGUCUUGGAUGUGAACAUCUUUGUUCAUGAACAGCUUGUCUGUAUUUUGCCUCAAUCUUGCAGCAAAUUUCAUCUAUUUCGAGAACCAAAUUCAAGGAUAAUCUUCUAUUUUAGUUCUUGAUUCGAUACACGGAUACUAAUCAGAAUAGGAAUCCUCCAUGGAUCCAUAGCCAUCUUAGGAUCGACAUUGUCAUGUUUGAAAUAAGAGAAAGAAAGAGGAAACGCAGAAGUAGACAUUUCCUAUAUGUUUUCUCUUUCCAGCACUGCAAAUAUAGAUGAUCGUAGCUGCACUCCAGGUUGUCUUAAUCUCAUCUUGUCCGUUGUUUUUCUUGUUUUCCCUAAAGAUAUAUGCAUACCUUUAAGAAAUUGAAGAGCUAGGUUUUAGACUAUCACUCAAUUCUCCAGUCUCAAUUUUACGCCAUGGAGCAACAUAAUUCACUAUCAGCUAGAAAUGACAAGGGAGCAACGUAAUUCACUAUCAGCUUUGUAAACAUUCUGUUAAUAUAUUUUCAGGCAAGGCAAAACAAAGGGAAACUAUUUCAAGCCAUGGAGAUUUUCUUUGAAAGGUAUGUGCCUACGCUUAAAAAUGGACUCUAUACCUUCCUGCUGAGUACCUUUUUUUGUUCUAGGUCAAAUAGAGCUGGUGAUACACAGCAAAGUCUCACAGAGAAUGUGUGCCCCUGCAAAAUGUGCCAAGAGUCUAAUAUGGUGCUGAGGCAGAGACCGGUAAAACUUAUUAAAUACACCUUUAAUAACCUUACCAAUGGUUACCAUUUGCUGGAAUAGUUGUUAUUAAGUUUAUUUUGUCAUCCAGGAAUGACUGGUAUGACUGGCUAUUAAUCAUUGUUUGCUUUGACAUAUAACCAUUUGAAAUCCUGUAAGUUUGGGGGUCUAAGCUUUUCUGCAGUGCAUUAGGGUGAACACUUUGGUCUGAUAUUCACGUUUAAACCUAAGUGGUUUACUGUACAAAUUUUGGGAGAAUGAAGUGGUGAGUUAGAAACCCACUAGUAAAUUCUGCAAUCUGAAUGGAAGGUUUAAACUAUCUCGAGUAUGUAUGAACAUUAACAAUUUUCCUUAAAGGUAAAUUAAAUGCGAACUUUGCAAUUAAUCGAUACUAUUAUCACUUGACUUAAAAUAACUAUUAUGCUGUCUUUUUCUUCGGAUAUAUGUAAUCUUUUGUUGCUAUAAUAGUCAAUAUAAGUUUGUUGAAUUAAUAUAUGAUAAUUUCAGAAGGUUGUAAUAACGUACAGACAUGAUUACUAAACAUAGUAUGCCCUUUUUGUCUCACUAGUUAUGCUGAUGGACACUAUUUUAGUAUCACAUUUGUUUCGUACACAAACAAUCCAUCCAUCUCUUAAAUGUAUUUUUUGAAACCAACUGUGUCCUUUUUUAUUUUCUCUCUCUACUGUACUCAUAUUGUGAACAUAUGACUAUGUGAAUGCUUCUCUUCAUAUUUGCAUUUUGAUGAUGAAAAUCUGCUCUAUUUUCAUAAUUCACAGGAUGGCAAUUUUAUGGUUGGAUGCAUACGCUUCCCACAGGUGAUUUCCUAAUGAUAAGCUUUAUGCAUUCUCAUAACGGUGUUUCGCUUUACUUUCCCCACGGGUUACUUGGUUACGUUUAUAAAGUUAUUACAUGAGGACGAAAAGUGUCUUCGCAUUAGCUAGGGUGAAAUAAAAUAAUAUAUGCUAGUGGUACGUCUGGGGACAGUUUUCUAAAGUGUCCAUUUUCUUUUACAUGCCUAUGCGGAAUAAUGUGUGAGAUGUUUUGUUCAUCAUUUUGUUCCCAUUUUUAGAAAGAUCACUUGUAUAUUUUUCUUCAAAGAAAAACCCAGCUUACCAAUUUAAUUGAUAUCCAGGAAAAAGAUUGUGAGGGAUGGCUUCCUGCCCAAUCCCUGGACACAGUAAGGAUCAAUGAGGACUCUCUCGGGAAAUUAUACCUAAGUUAAAUCCCAUUGUAGUGCAACAAAUCUAAUAUGAGAUGUUUGUUGUGUUGCCACAGAAGUUCCUAGGAAAUUGUUCACAUCUGACGGUAUGAUCACCUUUUGUCUCGCAGCUGAAAUUGAGUUUAUCUUUAACCCUGUAUUCGUGGUGAAGAUUAUAGAAAAAUAUUCGGAUGUAGAGGAUAUAGCCCCAGACGUUGACAAAUUAGAUGAGUUAAACUUUAGAUAAAAAAUGAUAUAUAAAAUUUGGUAAUGACUGUAUAACAUUUAUUCUUAAAGUAGCCUUUUACUUGUAUUUUAUUUUUUGGUUUUUUGUUGGAAUAAAUAACCCCGAUAAGUUAUCGUUUUUGUGGGUAUCUUGGGCAAUUUAUAAAUGCUAAUAUACAUCUGAAAUUUUCCCCACAACUGCGAGGGUUUCAUUUCCCCAGGUUCUGACUUUGUACAUUGCACUCCAUAGUGGAGUUUUAUAGUUAUAUCUAGUGACAUAGACAAGAUAAAUCCAAAACUAUCCACAUCAAAUCUAAACUCUUGAUGAGCAUUAUGCAGUUUAUAAUAGGGUGUUUUCAUAUUUUGAGAACAUGAGCAUUAACAGUUCAUAAUAGGGUGUUCUCUUGAUGAGCUAUAACAGUAAUAAUAAUAUAGGGUGUUCUCAUAUUUUGAUGAGCAUAAUGCAGUUCAUAAGACUCAAGUGUUGAUGGAUGGAAUCAACAUUGCUUCAUAUUUUCCUGUCUUGAAUUGUAUUAAAUUUAAAAAUAUUUUUUUUAAUCCAACGCUGGCCUCGUAUUAUUUGUUCCACAGUGUAGAAAUGUUGUUUGGCUUCCAGGGGCAACAUCAGAAGCAACCGUUACCAGCAAUAUUUGUAAUACCUGUGGCCCAGGUUUGAUAGAAUUGAUCACUCUUAUCGCUUAAUUAACGAAAUAUGCUUAUGCCAAACCCAAAGAUAGCUACCUUUAUGUUGCAUUCAUAGUAUUUGCUUUGUUUGCAUGUAGGACCUGUUUUCAUGAUCCAAUUUAAGUUUCGUCGAUUAGAGAUACCAGCAAACUACGAAGUUAACCAUUUAGGUACGUAUAUUUUCCAUUGAGAAUGAACAUUUCUUUUAAAUAAAUCGAAUUAUGACUGCUUAACCUAUUCAGGCUUUCUUGCAGUACUAUAGAGAGUUGCCAAUCAAGGAAAGAGACGAAUUGUCACAGUUGAUUUUAGGUUGCAUUAUAUACUAUGUUGCCAUAAUCACCUUGCAUUUUAGUCUCAGUUCGUUCUGGGAGAUUGGUGGCACUAUAGUGGUUUUUAUGUUGGAAUGAGCUCAGAAGGUCCACUUGAAUCUAUUGCUGAAUACUUAAAAGUAAUAUUUUCCAUGUCGUGCCUUGUUACUUACAAUGAUAGGACUUUAUUCUAUUGCUUUCAUUUGGACAUUUUUGGCUGUAAAUUUCAAUUUUUUGCUUAAAACUCAUUUUCAUGAUCGAUAAUAGCUGGUAAAGUAAUUUUUACUUAGUAAACAUCAAAUCAAUCUACUAGGUGCUGUCUCAUCUCAAUGCCAUAUUUAACCCGGGUUUAGCAAAUUUUCAGAAUCAUAAUAGAUAAUUGUUAUUUAAUUUUUUUGAGUUUCUUCGCCCAUAGUUGAUCCAAGUUGGUCACAUUAUAAUCAUGUUAACGGAUUCAUUAGUUCUGGAAGUACCAUUGUUUCUGUCAAUGGCCUGGUUUCUUGAAUCAAAUUUGAAGAGGCCGUGCCAACUAUCAAUCUAUAGACCUGUUAGUUCUUAAACAGCCGUUAAUUUCAUGCUAACGUAAUGUAGUUGUAUGCUUAAAGUGUUGUUGAUGCCAUCAGAACGUUCAAUUUUGAUGACGUUCAAAACUAUCUGCCAUCAAAACGUUAUUAAUAUGUCAAUUUAGAAAUUACUGUCUCCCUGAAAUUCAGAAAUUAAUUUGGAUAUAUUUUUUCAGGUUGUAUUGGUGGUUGUGAUAGCGUACUUAGAGAUCUUAUUGAGAUUUGUGGAACUGGAUCCCGCAAUCUUUCAAGCGCAACAGGUUUCUUAAUGCAGGCUCUAACAUGAUGUUUUCCAUGAAAUAUACUCUCAAUUUAUUUAUUUAUUUUUGUAGAAAAGGCUAUGCCCUUGUAAACCUACAACAGUUUUCUCUAAACUUUUUUUUAUCGAACUAUGAUAAAAGUUUUUACAUGUAAUCUUGCUCAUUUACUUGUUCCUGUACGCUUUUGGAGUCGAAAAGUUAUGGCUCAAGAUAUUCAAAAGUUCAUGUAACCAAACACUAAAUUAUUUUCAAUGCUUCUUUUAAAGGGAUUUAUUUCCGACAUUUUCUUAAGUAUAUGUCCUCGUAGAAUCAUGUGCUUACGGCUUUUAGUAAAUGUACUUAUAUCAAAAUGCGAUUGUUGAUUUGAUCUAAAUCUGAUUCGAACGAGUCCAUUUUGAACUGAAGUUGUCACUUAGGAGGUCAUCAGAAUUAGAUGUACACCCAAAGUCAAAUCUGAAAUCCAGUUGUUUCCUCUUCAGUGUAUUUGAGUGAAUUUGCAUCUACAUUUUUCUGCUUUUGCAGUUGUUGUGGUUUACCAGAAAAACCGCUUGUUAAUGGGGGCCAGGGGGAUGGUCUAUUAAAAACCCUGCCAAGCCCUGCCUAAUAUUUCAGUAGCUUGGUCAGAAAAAUAUGUUUAUUUAGUUUCUUUGCCGGAAAAAACCAGGGCUCAGACCCAUCUGCUUGGAAGACCAAGAAGGGUAGGAACAUAUACCAGCAUCUUUCAUGCCUGAGCCUCUUCUAAGAUUAUUUUAGUUAAUGAUAUUCAGAAAUAAUUCCCUCUCAUGUACAAAUAUAAGCGUAUAACAUAUUAGAUUUUAAAGUCUAUUAAAUAUUUUAUCAUUAUAUUUCAUGCACCGUUACCAUGAUAGUUAUUGAUUUCUUUGUUUGUCUUAUUGUGUCUAUGAUAAAAGAAUCUUCGAGAAUUCACAAUGUAGUAAUAGCGUAUUAGUAUUUCGUUUUGUCAAAUAGGAAUCCCGAUUGAGUACUGUGCACAAAUAAGGCUAAGGCAAGACCUAGUUAACCCAGGCAAACACAUUUCAUAUUUGUAAAAAUCCAUUGUCAUCCUCGGUAAAGGUCAGAAAAUGAUGUUACGGAAGAAGGAUUCAAUAAUCUCACGAGUAUUUCCCUUGUAGAUGAAAAGUGCGUGCACUCAUUGCAUGUGCCCAGCAUCAUCCAUUUCUUCCUGAUUAGAGAAUGAAUUAACGACAUAGAUAGAGAAUGUUCUUGUUGAUGAAAACGUCUUAUUUUCCCAAUUUUUAGUGAAUUGAUCAAAAGUUAUCUCACCUAUUAUUUCAUUGACCUGAAGGAAAACAGAAGGUUAGGGUAUAUCCCGCUGUCAUAUUUAAUUGAGUUCAUUGGCUGUUUGUAAUCACCGAUGCAUCUGCAUAUUACUCUUUUGACUUAUUUAUUCAACACCAGUCUAGCAAGUACUCGAUUCUAACAUGGAAAAUAAUUUCGAAAUAAAAAAUAAUGAAAUUAUCUCAACUAAAUCUUGAUCUCUUUUGCCAAAUCAGCAGGUAGAGGGUCUCGGACUACAGAGCCUCAGAGUAGUGCCCAAAGAAGAAACUCCAGGUCAGAAUCUCAUGCCCCUCGUUCACAAGAUUCUCAAAAUUCGAGAGUCCAAAGACCGCAAAAUGGUAUGUUUGUCUUUGUACCCGCUAAUAUGUUUCAAUUCUUUUGCUUGUAUGAUUAUAUAACAAUGCCUGGCACUAAAAGAAGAAAGUUUAUCAGAAACUGAAUAUAGGCCAGUAGGAGAGCCACUUAUUUAAGUCACCAGAAAACUGUCGUUUCCCCCUCUCAGUAAUAAACUUGAAAUUGUUAGAUUGCAUACCAUGCAUUAGAAGACUGCUUCUUAUGCUGCUUGGUCAUUCUUUCUGUUAAUUAGAAGAAAAAACCCACCCUGCAUUAGCAUGAAUUAGUAAAUGUCGGGGAUUAAAUGGAAGAAAUAUGGAUGAGUGAACUUAUUCAUGGAUUAAUGGAAGAAUUAUGGAUGGCUAUGACGUAUCAAGUGACAUCAUGAUUAACGAUGUACAUAAUUUCAAAUACCAGAGACUCCACAAUUAGAUCUAGCUAACUGUUUCUUUUCCUCUGUCGAGAAUUUAAUCCAACAGAUUUGUGGCAAUGUAGGAAGGCUGUCAAUCGCUUGUGAUAACUGUGGUGCUACAUGUGCAUUGCGAACUGCUAACACAGCCAAUAACAGAGGAAGAAAGUUUUACUCCUGCCAGUCUCAAGAAUGCAAUUUUUUCAAGUACGUUUGAUUAGAUAUUUGGAUUAUUUAUCUUAAGAUCCGCACUUUCCUUAUUUGUGUGCUAUAUCUUUUUAAUAUGGCUAAUUGCCCAGUCAUUUCCAUGAAACUCAUUUAUUUUUUCACGUGCUUCCAUCAACUUUCCUGUAUCACUCAAGUGUCUCUAGAAAGUUACUGCAGAAUUUCUUGCUUAGUUUAUUUAUCAAGUUCGAUAUCUGCUGGCCAUAAAGCAUAUGUUUCUUGUUUCUAUUAAAAAUCCUGAGGGAGGAACACUUCUGUCUUGUUGCCUUUUUCAUUCAAGAAAGAGCAGGUAAAUCAAAUUCUGGCAUCUCUUCUUAAGAAGGGUGAAAUAGAGCGUAUGUCAACGAAACCCUUUUUUUUUAAAAUUUUUAAUUCGAGAUUGAUAUAUCUGCUCAGGAUAUUCUCUUUCUAUCUCUGAAACACUCAUGAAAGAUCAUCUUCGUGGUGUAUUAGGACAAUGUGCACAGGCAAAUUGCUUGCAGAAAAAAUUAAGGAAACUAAAAAAUUUGAUGUAUGCUGUGAAUGUGCUUCGCAGAUGGGAAGAUGAAUUGGAAAGUGCUGGAACAGAAGGCCGAGGUGCAUCCCAUAGGAGUAGUAGGUCGUCUUCUGCCAACAGGAGAGGUGGUCAAGGCCGGAGACAAGGUAGAGAGGCCGUCAAUGCAGAUGUCACAUUUGUUACUGCCACUGGUGACCCUGUUUCUGGUCGAUGUUAUGUCUGUGGUGAUCCCUCACACUUUGCUAAUGCUUGCCCAAGUAGACGCAGAUAG